GCCCCGCGCGCCGCCGAGCGCCUCCGGAAACCCGGGCCCGCCCCGCCGCCACCGGCGGUCCCGGGGGAGCCCCGCCCGAGCGUUGCCGAGCGGCGCCCGAGCCUUCCCGAGAGUUGCCGAGCCGAGCGCCGAGCGCUGCCGAGCGGCUCCCGAGAGUUGUCGGGAGCUGCCGCUUCCAGACCCGAACGCUGCCCGAGUGUUCCCGAGCGGCGGCCGAAAGUCGCCGAGCCGAGACCCGAGCGUUGCCGAACGGGCCCCGAGCCCCGCCGAGCGGCUGAGGGGAAGCCGGGCCCGGAGCGGCGAGCGGGGCCUGUGCCGGGCGGUGCGCAGGCAGGACUGUCCAAGCCAUGAUCGAGGUGUUGGCCAAGCUGGGCCGUGGGCCCGUCUUCCUGGCAGGGGAGGUACUUGAGUGUGUGAUCACUUUCACCAACCCCUUAUCGGCCUCGUCUACCUCCGCCAGCAGUGAGAUGCUGGCGUGGGCCAGCGCCCAGAUCCACUGCCAGUUUCAUGCCAGCGAGAACCGGGUAGCGCUCCCUCCCUCUGACGGCAGCAAGCAUGACGUGCAGGCAGAGAACGAGACUGUCUUCGUCCCCAACAGAGGAGAGCGGGGUCAGUGUAUCCUGUCCACCCCACCGAAGAUUCUCUUCUGUGACUUGCGACUGGACCCUGGAGAGUCAAAGUCCUAUUCGUACAGUGAGACGCUGCCCAUAGAUGGCCCUCCCUCUUUCCGGGGACAGUCGGUGAAGUACGUGUACAAGCUGACCAUCGGCUGCCAGCGUGUCAACUCCCCCAUCAAGCUCCUGCGUGUACCCUUCCGUGUCCUCGUGCUGCACGGGCUCAAGGAUUACCAGUUCCCACAGGAUGAGGCCGUUGCGCCCUCAAACCCCUUCCUGGAGGAGGAGGAGGGCUUGAAGAAAGACUCUCGCCUGGCGGACCUGGCGACAGAACUGCUCAUGGUGGCCACCUCCCGACGCAGCCUGCACCUGUAUAACAUCAGCAACACUCGUGGCAAAGUGGGGUCAUUCUGCAUCUUUAAGACCGUGUAUAAGAUUGGAGAGGAUGUCAUUGGGACCUUUAACUUCUCGGAGGGAGACAUCCCAUGUCUGCAGUUCUCAGUGAGCCUGCAGACGGAGGAGAGCAUCCAGGAGGAGUUCCAGCGCCGGCGGGGACAGCCCGUCUCCUUCAGCACGCACGCCCGCCAUCAGGAGGCCUGCCUGCACACAGCCCAGAGCAGCUUCAGCCUGCCCAUCCCGCUCAGCUCUACCCCAGGGUUCACCACCAACAUCGUGUCCCUGAAGUGGAGGCUGCACUUUGAGUUUGUGACCUCCGGGGAGUCGGCGGGAACUUGCUUGGUUCGUGGGAGCCAGUCGGAGGCCGUCACCUGGACUGGGGUGGAGCAGAUGGAAGUAGACACUUUCAGCUGGGACUUGCCCAUCAAAGUCCUUCCCACCAACCCCAUCCUGGCUUCCUACGUAUCUCAGUUCUCCAGCACUAACUCCAUCACCAUCUGAAGCGGGGAGAGCCGGUGCCACUGGUGGGAAGGGCAGGCAGGACUGUCACUGGCAUGCUGAGGGGCACGCAUCCCAACGUGUCCUUGGGUUUGUCUGCGACACCCAGGUGGGCACCGAGCAAGUCUGUCCGUGGUGUCUUAUGCUACAGCCCUUGGCUGGGAGAUGGACCCGUCCUGCUUGGGUGAAGGUGUAAAUCCCAGGACUCACCAAAAAGAAAUCUGCCUCCCAGAGAACAGCCCAACGUGCCUUUAUGCCAUGAGGGGCUUCCAAGAGGGAAGGGCCCAGCCCAGGGAAAGGAGAGGGAAGCUCUACCAGCAAAGCGCCAUGCCAGCCUUGGGUGAAGGCCAUCCUCCUUACAGAGACCCCACAAACAGAGGUCUGGCAUCCAGGCGAGGCACGCUGGUCCCCUGGGCUGGGUGAGAGCCUGCUCUCCUGCCCCUGGCACGCAUCCUGCCUCUUGUGAAGGGUGUCCCGUAUGCACAGCCCAGCACCCCCGCUACCCUCACCCAGAGGAGGCAGGUCCUGGCAGGUGGGCCCCUCUCUGCCGGCACGUGCUGGUGUCCUGGAUGUGGCCGCACGCCGUGGCAGCACAGUUGUGAUGAUCCAAACCAGAGAAGAGCUCAGCGCCUGGGCUGUUCUCUGCUGGUGCUCCUGGGCCUGAGGGCAUCCUGCUGCUCUCGGGAUUCUUGGGGAGCUGGAGUGAAUGCCUGCUGCGCAUUCAGGAGCUGGGAUGGAGGUCUCCCUGCUCAACAGCCAGCUCCCCGUUUCUACCAGACCUUCCAAAGAGUUUUCCUCUUUGCAUGGAAACCUAAUAAACAUCCGAAAGUGCAAAA